GACCUCCCCCGAUCCGCCGGUCUCGGGGGUUAGCAAAAGCAGAAGCACCGGGCCGCACGGGUGCCGCACGGCUUCCCCAUGGAGCGGGUGUGGUGGCUGGCCCAAGUUGCGGUCAGGGAGCAGGAGGGUUUGCGGGAGGUGCGGAAGGAGGUGCAUGCGGAAAUUGAGCAGGGCGGCAAGGCCUUCUCGGAGCGCCAGCGGGAGCUUACGAGCUGGCAGCAGGGCGACGUGGUGCCAACCUUGCUGGGGCUCUUCUUUGGCUGCAGCUGCAUCAUGCUUUGCCGGAGGCUGGCCUUCUUCGGCAAGGCUCCCAGGCCGCUGGUUUUGGUGCCGGCCGUCCCCUGCUACCUGGUGCCUUACCAGGUGUCCUACCACGUGCGUGAGGCGGAGUACUUGAUUGAGAUGAUGCGAGAGGACAAGCAGAAGUUUGCCAAGCGGCUGCGGGCAAAGUUCCAGGUCGCCAGCGGCGACGGCUCUGCGGUGCUGGAUGACUUGGAGUCUGGCUAUGACAUCGAUGAGUGAGCCAGCACAGAGCGUUUCACCAGUUCAGCCGCGACGCAGCUCGUGAUUUGGAGGAGUCAGCAUUUGAUCGUUGCCC